UCCCCCAGUAAUUCCCGCCUCCCGCCUAUACAAAUGCUGCUUGAACUAGAACAUAUUUUUAAAGAGACAUCAGCCUUGAUGUAAAGACUUCCCAGUGCAGUAGAAUCCAUCACAUCUCUUGGGGAAGCGAAUGUCCGUCAGUUUCUGGGCACCAUCCGGCUUCACUUGCGGCCUGUGAUUGCCAGCACAGCACCGAGGCCUGCAGAGAGCAGAACCUUGAUCACCACCCAUGACCCCACUGCACAAGGUGUCCACAGCUGUGUUCCUGUAAUCCACUCCUGAGGAGGAGAAUACAUCAGACACCCAUGAGUCAAAGGGAAAUAGAGCAGACCUUUCCCCACCACCAUCCCCCUUAUUCAGUAUGGACCCAGAACACCGGCCCACCUCUUCUACUGGAGCUCCAGCUCUGGAGAGUGUGAAACUGUGGAAUAGACAAUGGAGCGAUGUAGUCUGAGGCUGUGCCAUGGCUCAUGUAUAUACAUGUACAAAUGAAGAUUCUUGAAUCUGAGUAGGAGAAGGCCUAUGGCUGGAUGUGCUGGAAUCCAUUACCACAUUCUUCCCUUUGAUGCAAGACAGCUGCCUGUCCAUCCCUUUCUUAGUAACUCAGCCAGAUAAAGGCAGGGAUCUUUAGUGUGCUAGACAAAGUAGCAUCACUUACACUCCAGAGUGACCAUGGUGACAGUGUUGCUUGUGGAUCUAGAAGGGUCCUUUUUGGGGGAUGGAGUAAGAAAUGCUGCAGAAGAAGAAAAUGCAGUUGAGAGACCCAGGAUCGCUCCACACCUGCAAACACCUCUCCAGUUGGCUUCCUGGAUUUUUUUCCUAAGAGCAAAAGAGCCAGUGAGGACUAGGUUUGUGACCUGAUAAACAUCCAGUCUUGUCAAUGUGAACCCACCAUUGCUGUCCGUUAGGUUGACCAGGUCGUGCCUGCCACAGCAUGGGGGCACAGUGAAGUGCCUGAUAUCUGUUGUGGGGAGGGAAGGAGUGUUUAGAAUCCAGGGAUUUCCUUGUGGGCUGGGAGGAGGCCAAACCCCUAUAGAGCUGGUGUGCAGACUUUUGGCACAGAUUCAGAAUGGCCUGGCUUCCUGGCCCUCUGGAGCUCACCAAAGCUGCUUAGUGGGUAUCUGGGUACCUGGUUCCCCACCCCGUCAAAGCUCCUCAGCAGCCCUUUCAGAAGGUCUUUCCCCUCGUAGGGAGAAGGAUCCAGGUGUUCCCCAUAAAUGGAAAUCCUAUGACAGACAGCAGAAAAGCCAAAAGAUCACAUUGGAGCCAGGCCUGCUGCAAACAUUGUGGGAUUCAAAUAUGCAGCCUUUGGGCUCAGAGCAAUGACACUCCCAUCACAGAGUCACCUUUGGUUACCCUUCUUUCUCUCACCUUGCUCUGGGGUGUCCUGCAGUCAGGCCUGCUUGGGCUGUGAGAUCUCAUAUGCUAAGCAGGGAUGCAGUUGAGCAGUACUUGGCUGGGAGACCACCACUGAAAACCCCCAUAGCUCCACUGAAAGUGCAUCUAAAAAUUCUGUAGGCAGAAUCAGUAGUUCUUAUGAAAUUUUCACCAUCUUGGGCAGAAGUCUCAUGAAUUCAUCCCCAUCAAAACCAGAAAAUAGGCACCACCCAGUUUGGAUCCAACCCCAAACAGAACCACGGGGAUAGGCUCCAACCUGGGAAUCUCAAUCUGGCUCUAUGAAAUCUGAAGGAGUUUGAACUCAAGAUUUUGCCCCCUCUAAUUAAAAUCACUAAGGUUAUGCAGUGACUCAGUGGUAGGGGUGGGAACAGAACAAAGGAGCCCUGAUUCCCAGCCCACACUGCUUUCACUGCUAGACUAAUUCCCCUGCCCAUGCUGGGCAAGAACCCAGAAAUCCUGACUCCUUACUUUAACCACUAAUCCUGGGUGCUAAAACUACAGCAAAAACUCCAGUUGCUGCGUGUAACCCUUUGGCUGCCUGUGCUGGGAAGCUUAGGACAUUAAUUGAUGGGGAGAAGGCAUCUCACUGACCUGUGGUUCCGUUGAGAUGUGUGAUAUGGGUGCUGGCGUGUGCCCCAGUGAACUGGCACGGGGCACUGCCAUCAAUAAGCUCUCAGCAAAUGCGGAAAGAACACACUGGAAAAGCUGGAGAUGUUGAAAUCUGAAAGCACUGCAGAUGGAUAAGAACCUUCAGCUCCCCACAGUAGACCUGCCUGUUGGCCCCCUACUGUCUCCCCACCCCCAGCCAGGCUCCCAUAUCUGACCCCAAUCAAUUCCCCAUGCCCACCCAAGACAAACCAUGUCUCCUCUCCUUGUAGUCUGGGGCCUCUUCCAAAGGGCCAGGGCCCAGGCCAUGUUCAUAGAACAUCCAGCUGCAAGAGCUGUGAAGCUCAGCUUGGAUUGCAUUUUCUCUACAGCUUGAGGUUUGGGUCCAGCCUAUCUCUAAGGUGUGUUUUCUCAUAAGUUCCCUCAAAUGCUUUGCUAGUGUUGUCCCUGGUGAGGGAGUGGCAACCAGAGCUACAGGAAGAGGGUAACCAAGGGUGCUUGGCCUGGCUACCAGGCCGUGCAAGCUGGAGCUUGGGCUCUUCGAGGUGGGAGAGCUUCUCCUGCUGGCAUAACUACUCCUGUUUGUGGAGAUGGUUUGAUUAUAUCAACAGGAGAGCUCUCUUCCAUCAGCAUAGAAUAGCCCCCCAAAUCUUCAAGACACACAGAGGAACUCCAGCAGUUGCAUUGAUUGGGACUGGAAUAUAAAGGGUUAAUAGAUGCAGUACUGAUGUGAGGCCAACCAUCUGCAGGUGUGUAGAUCAGUGGGUGCUGAGUAUCAGGUGGCCAUAAAUAGGAAGGGGGAGGGAGGGGAAGUUUUAGAGCUGAAACUGCAAGAGUAGGUAAACGUACCGUCUCUGUGCUGUAAGAAUGAGAGUACAUUGCCCCUGUAGGAGGAGGCCUCUCCUCUGAGGUGCUUUGGGCACUUUAAAGAUGCCAAGUGAGGGUGCCUCCUCCCAGCACUGCUGGGUGUUGGCAGGAUUUCCAUUGUAUAAAUGGGAAAAGCAAGGCACUGAGAGGAGUACCUGACCUGUGUAGAGUCAGCACAAGGAGACAGUAGCAGAAAUGGGAACAGAGCCCAGAAGUCCUAGCUUCAAUUGCCUGCUCUAUUUGCAUUAUGGUACAGAGCUGAAAUUUCAGAGUCAUCUCAGGGAAUAGCUCUUGUUAUUUGUUACCUUCUGAACACCUAUGAACAUGUUAGAAACAGUUGUAAUAAUUUUCUCCCCUUGAUUUUAGGGGCUAAUGCAUUUCAAGUUUCCUUGGUGAAUUUCUGAGGUUCUGGCCAUUGUGUCUGUGAUUUUUACGCUCCUUCUGGGGUCCUCCACUGAUGUGCCCUUACCCUUAUGGCCAAGGAGAACCCCUUGGGAUAUCCACCCCAACUCACAUUCACAAGGAGCUGGUUCCAGAACUCAUUCCAUGCCCUGAGCAGCAUCUCCCUACUCUAUGAUCUCUCAGCCCAUUACAGUUUUGCCCAGCCAGGUCAGGAUCCUCAACUAUCAUGUACACAUGGUGACAUUGAGGUACCGAGGGGCAGGGACUUGGUCAAGGUCACACUUGAGUCCGUGGCCGUGUUAGUCCUGAUUCCCAGUGUAAACCACUAGUUUAUCCGUCCUCCCUGCAGUCAUGUGUUUCCUUCUGGCCACCCUGUAGUUCCAGUGUUAGAAAUCUCAAGGAACCAAACAGCAGCAACAAAUGCUUUGGACGUCAUGUUUCAGAGAAAAAAGAGGGAGAAAGAGAGAACCUGCUGCUUUGGUCCUCCCGAAGAACAUGCAUACAGUCAGAAAGGUCAGCAGUUGCACUGUGAGUGAAAACGAGAGCAUACAGAGGUGACGGUAAUGAUCUGGAGGCUGCCUGGUAUCAGAAUGGCUGGAAUCUUCACAGCCAGCUUCCAGAUCCUCAGCUCCCCUCUAACAAGCUUCACCGAGAAGACAGCUGCUGAAAAGCCCAAAGGAAAAAAAGCACAGGAUCACUAUGGGAAAUACCUCUGGCCUUUCUUGAGACCCGGAGCAAGAGAAAGUGCAUCUUACACAGGAUCCCAAAGGGCUGUGCUGAGAUGUGUAACUUCAGAGGAAGAGAGCAAUUAAGAGGCAAGAGAGGAAAGUGAUGUCUUCACCCAAGACUUGGCGUGACAGAGGAGCUGCAGUGGAGAAGGCUCUUGGACCGACAGGUGUUUUGACCAAAGGGAAGCAGCAGCAGGGACAUAGAGCUCCCUCCACUGUCGCUGCCAGAAGUUUUAGCCAAUCAAAUGCACCCUGACAAUAAACUGACCAAUCAUGGAAAGACAGGUAACAGCGGCACCCAGUCUCAGCACCAUAAUGUGAACCAAGGACCCACCUGCAACCUGGGGUCUAAGGGCGUGGGGGCGGGAAAUCAUGGCAGCAAAGCCAAUCAGAUUUCUCCUGGCAACUCUGGACUGAAAAACAGCCAGAACGCUGUCCCAAACUUUGGCCCUUUGAAGGGCAAAGUGAAACGGGAACGAAGCAUCUCGGUGGACUCAGAACAGCGGGAAGCCAGCACCCCCUCACUGGACACGGAAUCGAAAGGUGAGGUGGCUCCCCGCAGCAAGCGUCGGUGUGUGCUGGAGAGGAAACAGCCAUACAGUGGGGACGAAUGGUGCUCAGGCCCGGACAGCGAGGAGGACGACAAACCCAUCAGCAGCACACACAACUGUAAUGUAGCAGAUCCUGCAAUGUCCACAGCCCCGCAGCUUGGUCCUGGGUCCAACCCGCUGCCGAGCCUGAAUGAGACCAGUUCUUCCAAUGCACCACAUGGCACUGCUCCUGGCCUGCGGCCCGAGGCUGGGAGCAGUGGAGGUGGUGGUGCCGGAAAGCAGCCUUCCCAGUUUGUUUAUGUCUUCACCACUCACCUUGCUAACACUGCCGCAGAAGCCGUGUUGCAGGGGCGAGCAGACUCCAUCCUGACCUAUCAUCAGCAGAAUGUUCCCCGGGCAAAGCUAGACCAGGCUCCAGCUCCCAAGAUGCUGGGAGUCAUCGAGCAACUGCCAGUUAACCCACCGGCCUCCAGCACUCCGCAGUCCCAGCCCCCAGCAUCGCAGGGCAGCCAGGCACAGCCUCAGCCCCCCCCAGCACAGCCCCCUCCACCCCAGAGCAUCAGUCAGCAAGCUCUGCCUGCACCAAGCACCCUAUCCCAGGAAGGGACGGGAGAGGACAUUCGGCGGGACCUGACUCCCAACUCUGUGGGAAAUAGCAGCGGCAGCACCCAGCCAGGGAGCAACCACCCCAACACACCCAAUGCCUCCACCAACCCGAUGCAGCCCGGGCAGGUGGACUCUUCUAGUGCUUCCAGCUCUAACUUACUGGGGGAUGGUGCCAGUGCUGGGGCAGCUGGAAAUGGGCAGAUAGGGCUGGGCCCCAGGAACCCCAUGAACUCGGAGGGGCUCUCUAAGGAGCAGCUGGAGCACCGGGAACGCUCCCUGCAGACCCUGCGGGACAUUGAGCGCCUGCUGCUGCGCAGCAGCGAGGCUGAGCCCUUCCUGAAAUCCAACCAAAGUGCUGGUGAGGGUGGCCCCGCUCCCCAGCCGCAAGCCCCACCCACCCAGGCACCCCUCCCGCCUGUGGGCAUGAAGAAGUACGAAGAGCCACUGCAGUCCAUGAUUUCACAGACGCAGAAUCUGGGGGGCCCCAACUUGGAGCACGAGGUCUCCCACCAUCCAGGUUCUGACAUGGGGCAGCAGAUGAACAUCAUGAUGCAGCGGCUGAACCAGGACAGCCUGACGCCAGAGCAAGUGGCCUGGAGGAAGCUGCAGGAGGAGUAUUAUGAGGAAAAGCGGCGGAAGGAGGAGCAGAUCAGCAUCCAUGGUCGACCUAUGCAGGAGAUGCUGAUCCCCCAGUCCAUAGGUGGCAUGAUGAUCCGGGGGCCACCACCGCCCUAUCACAGCAAACCUGGGGAGCCAUGGCCUCCAGGCAUGGGCAACCAGCUAAGGGGACCCAUAGAGGUCCAGGACCCCAUGCAGCUGAGGGGAGCGCCCCCCUUCCCAGGGCCAAGGUUCCCUGGAAAUCAGAUGCAGAGGGUCACUGGCUUUGGGGGGAUGCAGAAUGUGCCCAUGGAUGCCCUUGGGCCCAUGAAUGCUAUGCAGCGGCCAGUCAGGCCUGGCAUGGGAUGGAAUGAUGAUAUGCCUCCAAUAGGAGGCCCAGGGAACUUUCCACAAGGGAGCCUGCCCUACCCUUCGGGGCAAGGGGACCCUGAGCGGUUCAUGAACCCCCGAGCCAGGGAGGAGAUCCUGAGGCACCAGCUGAUGGAGAAGCGCCCAGUGGUGAUGCAGAGGCCCAUGGGGAUGUCUGGCAGCUCCAUGAGCCAAGGUUUGGAAAUGGAGAGGAUGAUACAGGCUCACAGGCAGAUCGAUCCAUCCAUGUUCCCUGGACAGAUGCCAGGAGAGAGCCUAGGUGGCGCACCCAUAGGUAUGGACUUCACGGGUACCCGGGGGAUGUUAAGCCCACCCAUGAGCCAGUCGAGCCUCCGAGACAUGGAUGCACCUAUGGGACCUGGGAACCUCAACAUGAACAUGAAUGUCAACAUGAACAUGAACAUGAACCUCAAUGUCCAGAUGACCCCACAGCAGCAGAUGAUGAUGUCGCAGAAAAUGAGGGGCCCUGACAUGAUAGGCCACCAGGGCAUCAGCCCUGAGGAUCUGGCCAGGGUGAGGGCUCAGAAUGGCAGUGGUGGCACAAUGAUGGGGGGGCCACAGAAGAUGAUGAUCCCCUCACAGUUCCCCAGCCAAGGGCAGCAAGGCUUCUCAGGCACGCAGGGCCCCUAUCCCAGCAUGCCCCAGGAGAUGAGCAGUGCCCCAGACAUGUUCAGCCCUGAACAAGGUGCCAUGUCCAUUGGGAACAUCGGCGGCACCACCAGGCUCAGCCACAUCCCUUUGCCUCCAGCUUCCAAUCCCCCUCCCACCCAAGGGGGCAACCUAGCCAACAUGCACCCGGCACCCUCACGGGGUCUGGGCCGCAGGCCCUCUGACCUCACCAUCAACAUCACCCAGAUGAACUCCCCUGGCAUGGCCCACCUCAAGUCCCCGACGCUCAGCCAGGUGCACUCGCCGCUUGUCCCCUCCCCAUCUGCCAACCUGAAGUCCCCACAGACGCCCUCUCAGAUGGUCAGCAUGCCACCUUCCAACCAGUCCGGGCCCCUGAAGUCGCCCCAGGUGAUGAGCUCCUCCCUCAACGUCAGGUCUCCCACCAGCUCACCGAGCCGCCUGAAGUCCCCUUCCAUGGCCGUUCCUUCGCCCGGGUGGGUGCCAUCUCCCAAAACUACCUUGCCAAGUCCAGGAGUCAGCCAGAGCAAGCAGCCUAUCAGCAUGAAUUCGUCAGCUUCCAUGGGAGGGCUGGAUCAGGGUUCGCUCCUUCCUGGGCCUAGGAGCAAUUCCUCCGCGCCAGCCAGUAAUCCCUCUAGCACCAUGAAUCCCAACAUACCUUUUACUUCCUCUCCAGAUCCAUCCCCCUCCCAGAACCCCCUCUCGCUGAUGAUGUCACAGAUGUCCAAGUAUGCCAUGCCCAGCUCCACACCACUCUACCACAAUGCCAUCAAAACCAUUGCCACCUCUGAUGAUGAGCUGCUCCCAGACAGGCCUAUGCUCCCACCAGGAAGCAUACCAGGUAUCACAGGAAAUCAGCCAAAUCAACUGCACUUGAACUCAGUGGGGCCUGCAUCCUCACAGAGUCCCAUGGGGAUGAACUUGCCUGGUCAGCAGCCACUCUCCCACGAACCCCCCACUUCCAUGAUGUCCUCGCCGAAUCCCCUGGGCUCCAACAUUCCGAUGCACCCUGGUGUGCAGGGGGCGGGUGUGCCCCCCCAAAACCCCAUGAUGCUGCCUCCAGGGCCCCAAGACUCCUUGAACCAGCCCUGUGGCCCCGUGCCAAACAAUUCUCAGAUGAUCCCUUCCAACCAGCUGGUGUUCCCCCGUAUGCAGCAGCCCCACAAUGCCAUGCAGUCUCCAGCUGCGGGUAUGCCUAUGACACCAGGAGGUGGGGGAGGGGCUGGGAUGCAGCAACAUUACCCGCCUGGGAUGCCCUUGCCACCAGAGGACCUUCCCUCCCAGCAGCCUGGCCAGAUGGCCCCCCAGCAGCACAUGAUGGGCAAGAACAUCCCUCCUCGGAUUGGAGAUCCCUACCCCACUGUGCUUCCAGGUGUGGCUUCAGUGCUGAAUGACCCUGAGCUCAGUGAGGUCAUCCGCCCCACACCCACGGGCAUUCCUGAGUUUGACCUCUCCAGAAUCAUCCCCUCAGAGAAGCCGAGCAGCACCUUGCAGUAUUUCCCCAAGAGUGACAGCCAAGCACCGAAAUCACAGCCUUCCAACCUCCAUCUCAUGAACCUGCAGAACAUGAUGGCUGAGCAGCCACCCACACGGCCAGGCAUGAGCACCCCCAGCCUUCCAGGGCAGCAGGGUGUGCAGCGGGGACUCAACAUCUCUAUGUGUCACCCUGGACAGGUGUCCAUGCUGGGCAGGACAGGUAUUCCACCCCAGCAAGCCAUGAUGGGGAACAGCAUGCACCAGGGCAUAAUGUCCCCCCAGCAGAGUCUGAUGGCCCAGCAGAAUUUCAUGCUGAUGCAGGCUAAGCAGAGGAGCAUGUCUGUGUCAGGGGAAAUGUAUGCCCAGACAGGACACAUGAUGUCGCCUCAGGGCUCCCUCAUGGGGCCCCCACCUCAGCAGAACCUUAUGGUCACACACCAGAUGAGGCAGAGGAGUGUUUCACUGGACAGCCAAAUGAGCUACAUCUCCGGGCCUGGAAACGUGGCGAACCUGCCUUUCUAGUCAUGUCCUGAGGGGCUGGGGCUGAUUGUAGAAACUUUUUUUUUCAACUUUUAUUUGGGUUGGGAUCGGGAGGCUGGGGCCUGUGGGAGUGCGGGUGGGGGGGAUGUUUUUCAUAUUUGAUUUGCCUCUAUAAGGAAAACCAAAUGUGCAGUAAAAUUGAUGUGAAUCCUUUUUGAGAGGCGGGGGUAUUAUUAUUUUUGAAACCCAAGUGGUGACCGGGGGUUUCAAGACCCUCCAGCAGUUUGUAAAAUCUUCCUUUAUUUUUUCCUCGUAGUAUGGGUUUUCUUUGUUUUGUUUUAAAGAACAACCAAAAUUUACAAGAUUUUGAAUGAGCUGUAAAUAGGACUGGGAAAGGCAGAAACUUGUGCUGGUUUUAAAUUGUUCUGUAUUUCUGUGUUUUAAUAGAAGCCUCAAUUUUCUGUUUUAAAACAACAAAACUUUAAAAAAAAAAAUCAAAGUACAAGGGUUUAAAACUCUUGCACAGGGGGUUCUAGGGCAGCGGGAGGAGGUGUGAGUGGGCAUUGAGAGAGCCCUCUGCAAAAGAGCCUCUUUGCCAGCCCCACAUCAUUCAUGCAUCAGAAAAGCUUGUGUGCGGGGAUGGUUUUGAACAGAGACUAUGUACACAUCUUAAAUCCUGAUUCUGCAGUCAGACCCUCUGGGCCUGUACUGGGUUCAGGGGUGCACCCAAUCACGUGGAUCCACCUGCAGAAUUGGAGCUGCUGAGAUGUAUCUAAAACAGUGUUGGUUGUGGGAGUCGCUGUUUGCUUGUAGGGAUUGGUAGUGGUCUCUAUCUGUCUCUGCUACAUAGUGAAACUGCUGGCAGCAUGAGCCAGGAGAGUGCCCAGUUGUUUAGUUUAGGGAAGGGUGGGAGUGUGAUCCCAACCUGCAAGUAACAAGUAACUGGACCAUGAGGCCUCCACCCAAUCAUGUCACUCCCUGCUCCCCUCUCCACCCCAGAUGCUCUGCGUGAUGUGUGCAUGACACUCUGGAGUGGAGAUAGCAGAACAAACACUGGGAUUUCUGACUGGCUGAUUCCAUCCUGUGCUUCCUUGGUGUAUUGUGCAGAGGCCAGGAGGGAACUCAAGACACACCCCCCACAGAGUAUCUCCUACCCCUUGUUGGCUCUGCUCCCACUUACCCCCUACAUGAGUUCACACAUCUCACCCUGCCACACUAUGCCCCUUGCCUUCUUUACACUCCUUUGCCUCCUAAGUGCGCACAUUUCUGUGGGAGAGCUAGCCUGAUGCAUAAAAGCAGGCAUUUUAUGGUAAAGAUACUCCAUUUUCUCGAUCUGAGAAUCCCAGACUCCUCCAUGAAAGGCCCUUUAGGCAGUUGGCGAACAGUUAUAAGGCUACCUUUAUACCCUGAAACCACCUGCAGCAGCCCUGGUCUCUACUAUGGUUGUGCAGCCUGUAGAGACAUCAGGUCCUUGCAUGCAAUAUUCCAUCUGGAUACAAGAGGUCUCCUGCUCAGACUGAGCUGAUGUUUUUCUAAUCAAAGCUCUAGUUCAAAGAGUAAUUUAUUCAGGGAAGUUCCAUGCUUGUGUUAUGCAGGAAGCCAGACUAGAUGAUCACAAUGGUCUCAUCUGGCCUUAGAAUCCAUGCUGGGAGAUGUCUCCUCCACAGGUCAUUCCAUGUUACUCAUAGGAGCAGCUGGGACUUCAUUUCCACCACCACUCUAGGCUGCUUAAAGCAUGCACUGCAAGCACAAGUUUAAUGUGGGGGGGGUGUGCCCGUGCCUGGCACCCCCUUCCUGCAGAGUUCUCCUUGCAGUGUGCUAUGACAGCUUUUUGGAGGGAGGUUGGAGAUAACCCAUGUGUGCAGGCAGUCUCUGUGGGUUGCAGGAAAAUAUUCUAAAGCGAGGGUGCCCCAUGGUCAUUUGGAUCCAAACCUACCACCAAUUUGAGGAUUAUCUCAGAAAAGCCAGCCUUUUUGUUGCCCCUCUCGUAGCAAACGGGCCCCUUCCCUAAGCACCACAAUGGAGGAGAAAUAAACCUUCUGCACUGAGAAGUUGUGAAGCCCUGCAUGAAAGGUGAACCUUCUCUUUGUGGUUCCAAUAGUGAAACUGUUAGCAAAGGCUGCUGAACUCCACCAGCCCAACCAUCUCUUGGGCCAGAUACCAAUGGGCUGGAACCAAAAAGUUUAGACAGAAACAUUCCCAAAUUUGUGUGGUAUAUAGAUUGUAAUGGAUUUUUUACCUUCAGUCCUUUUGGUAUGAUGUCCAUCUGUUUCCAUUUGGAGAGGAAGAUGAUGUCUGUCUGUAUCUGUAUGAGUUUUUUCAUGAAGUUGAUAGAUUUCCACUCCAUAUGGCUAAAUUCGGUGCCUUGCGUAAUGACAGGUUUCAGAGUAGCUGCCGUGUUAGUCUGUAUUCGCAAAAAGAAAAGGAGUACUUGUGGCACCUUAGAGACUAACAAAUUUAUUUUGAGUAUAAACUUUCGUGAGCUACAGCUCACUUCAUUGGAUGCAUUCAGGAGUGGAAAUCUAUCAACUUCAUGAAAAAACUCGUACAGAUACAGACAGACAUCAGUCCACUGAAUGCAUCCGAUGAAGUGAGCUGUAGCUCACGAAAGCUUGUGCUCUAAGGUGCCACAAGUACUCCUUUUCUUUUUGAGAAUACAGACUAACACAGCUGCUACUCUGAUUCCCAAGUUUGAGCGUGUUUUGUUGGGAGUGGGGCUGGCUGGGAAGUCUGGAUCCAAACUAGGUACACAGGUGUUGAGCUCUGGUCUUUUGCUUUGGGCCUGUGUCUAGGGACCCUGAGUGUGGCUCUCAGAACAGCAAUAAGCUAAAACCAGAGCCACUUUUCCAGCUCUGUCCCAUUUGGUAAAAUGGGAACAGCCCAUUGCUUUGCCCAUCUCUGUCUGGGACAGUGCCCUGUUGAAGGGCCAAGGAGGCUGUCUCUCCUCCACCUCCCACUCUCAGUAAGUGCGCUCAGGCACCUUGCUUUUUAACUGGGGUGGUUGUUUACCCAUUUCAGAGCCUGGAAGGGUAAAACAAAUCUUCCCUAUUUCUGCUUGAACUGCCUGAAAGACCACAUCCAUGUUACCCCCUGGCAGUGCUGUUGGGGGUGACGCCUGCUAGCAUUUCCCUUGUAAACACUAUUGGGAGUUGCUCAGGACCAGCACAUGCACCACAAAAGCCCCUGGCCCCAUACACUCGGGCAUUUCACCCCCCACCAUCAAGUCUGUCUAUUUGAAGCCAUAAUAUUCUUUAAAAUAAAAUUAUCUUUGUCUCCCGGCAGCCAUUGUUUUGGCCCAAGUGAUUAAAAGCUCCAGCGUGUAGACCUCCCACACUUUCCUCUACCCACCUGGUCUAGCUGAGAAAUGUCCUGAGGUGUUGGAUCUCUAUUCUGUCAGCAUUGUCCCCACAUGAGUCAGAGCCUGUGAGUUGCAAUAUGUCUGUGUGAGGAAAGCCAAUGCGGCUGUCCAGAAGAGCGAGAGACAGCUCGCAAAUGCAGGUGGGAGUGAUGGCAUUCCAGGUAACAGAAAGGGAAGGUGACAGUGAUGAUAUUUAUUCCACAUUAGAUUGCAUGGCAGCUGGGAAAGAGCAAGGUCUACAGCCCAACUGCCCUGAAUACAAAAGGGAAAUUCUGGUACUUUGCAAGGCUGUUGGCCCUCCUAGGGCACUUUUUGUUUGGUCUUCAGAGCAGCGAACUGGGAUGUCAUAAUCAACCUCCAUUGCCCUAGCAGCCAGUCUUCAUGAUUCCUGAAUCUGGAGGCCAGCAAUGCUGAGUGGUGCCUUUUUUUUGCUUCGGGUACCAUCUCCCAAACAGGUCUAGUUCAUCAGCAAUAUGGUGGGAGCCUUUCAGAGGUGAAUGGCAGCCACCCCUUGUUAGGCCUCAGCAGAGCGUUUGCUCUCAGUCACCCUCUGCUGUGCGCUGGUCUCGUCUUGUGGUUUGCUUGAUUUAUUGGCUUGAGUUUUGUGUGCUGACUUCUAUGCUAUCAUGGUUAUGGAUGCCCCUGUGUUUCUAACUAUGAUAUGUCAUGUUUUUUCCUGCGCCAAACAAAGAAAAACAUGUCUUUCCAAUGCAAUUUUAAGCAAUCACAUGUCCAGAAUUAGCUUUCAUGUCAAGGUAACAGUGACUGACCCCCUUUCUCUGUCAUCCCAUGGAGAAACUUCCCCAGUCAUUUUGUACCAUUAUAUAAAUAUAUAUAUAAAAAUAUAAAUAUAUAAAUACAAUAUGUGAAGACAUCUUAUUGGUUUUUAUUUUGAAACAAUUUUUAGGCUUGUUUUUUGGGUAUCUGUGCUGCCUGUAAUGUAUUGACCUGUUUUAUAGGUGCCUUUUUAUUAAAAAGAGAAAUUUCAAAACCUGAUCCUUG